ACGAUUUGAUAAUGAAAAUUCAAAUGCAUAAUAGUGAUAGGAAGAACACACACGUUUAGUGUCCCACCAUUGUCAGAUUGAGCUAGAGGUGCGUGGUCAUAUCGUCAUGUUGCUCAUGAUUUCUUAAUUCCAUUACUGAUCACAGUUCCCAAUGAGCUGCAGAGUUGGUUUUCUCUGAUUUUGUUGGUUCGCACCUAGCAACCUUGGGAGUGAGUGCAACAGGAUUAGAGAGAGAGAUAUAGUAGUAGCAACAGCAUUAUUCUCUUUUCAAAAGUUUACACUAUUUUAUUAAAAUUUAAAAUAUAUAAUACAGUAGUACUAAUUAGUAACAGGAAAAUGAUAAAUAAAUUAGCUGCAUUACAUGAUCACACAAAAUUGAAUUGUCCUUUAAUUCCUUACAUCAAAUGUGACCGUUUUAUGCCUCAAGGAUCCGCUUUUCUCGCUUCUUCACCACCUUGUCAUUUACUAGUACUAUAUAAUAUCAACAAUCUUUUUCAUAUUUUCAUCUCAACAAUUCACACACACUCUCUCUCUCUCUAUCUCUCUCUUUUGUGGUCUUAAGACUACUACUACUAGCUGGCCACAUAUCACUGUUAUUAUUAUGUCAUUUUCAUUCUGAUUUUCCACACUUUAACAAACCUUUUCCAUAUAACUUUUCUUGUUUUCAAACUUCAAAUAUCCACAAGUUUACCAAUUAUGGGUAAGGAUAAUUGGUAUUGGGGUGGAAGAAGAUCCUCCACCAACAAGAGAAAACCUGCAACAGAUAUCCCUUCUGGUUGCAUGUGUGCUGUUUUUCAAGCCUUUGAUUUUCAUCCCUUUAAUUUUUCCAUUAACCAACAACAUCAACAACAACAACAAAACACUUUCAACUCUGCUUCUCCCAUACAAAUUACUCUCCCCAAAGGAGCUGAAGCACCAAGGAAUAGCUUGGAAUCAGAAGAUGGUACAUCCUCAUCCAUCUCCAAAGAAGAUAAUUUCAAAAUCCCAAAGAACAUAAGAAUCAAAACAGGUUCAGACAAAAGUUUCAAUGAUCUUAACUCUCCAGGAACCAAAACACCAACUUUGGUUGCAAGAUUAAUGGGUCUUGAACUUCUUCCUGAUGCAAAUUCACCCUCUUCCUCUUCUUCUUCAUCACUCUCUACUCCAAACAGACAAGGCCAUUACUACAAUAGAUCAAAGCAAGACAAAAUCAAAAUAAUGAAACACAGACACAGCACAGACAGUGUCAUCAUGCGUUCAUCUUUGCCUGAAACACCAAGAUUGUCCUCAGAAAAAACAUCAUAUGUUGAACAUAGACUAUCUCUCCAAAUCAACAAAGAAAACAGAAAUCUUGGUGAAGAUUUAGAGACUCCUCGUUCUUCAUUUUCAAAAAGGAAAUUUUUUGAUGAUAACAACAAUUGUAGAAGUCCAAGUCAUUAUGCAAGACAAAUUGUUAAGCAGGUGAAAGAAAGUGUGAGUAGAAAUGUUGGUAUUGACAUAACCAACACAGUGAAAAACAGAGAACAAGUUAAAGAAGAAUUUGUUGGUCAAAUCAGAUUCAAGAAAGCUCUCAAACCAUUAACAAAACCAUUAGAAGAAUCAAACCAAGGAAACAAAAACACAUCUCAUUCCCCAAGACUCAGCAGAUUCAAUGAUACAAACCACAAACAUUCACCAAAAAAAGACCAAAACCAAAAUACACUCCAAGUACUAAAACAAUCAUCACCACCACCUGUAGUCAACAUUGAAGCACAGGUUUCAAGAGUUUCAACAAAGCCAAAACUUCAAGCAAUGUCAGAGAAGGAGGACAAAAAAACUUUCCCAAAAUGCAAGAAAACAGCACCUGGGAAUUUGAGUCCACGGAACAACAAUAAGCCUCCACAGUCAUCAUCAAUCAGAAACAAGCAAGAAGAAUCAUUCAUUCUCCGACCAUCAUCAUCAACCACUAAAGCUAAUUAUAUCAAAACCAAAAGCAAGAAAACUCAUCCACUUUCAAAUAACUCUGUCCCAAAUCUUCUCCCUCUCAAAACACACCCUUCUCCUCUAGCUACAAAAAUCCCUCAAAAACAGGUAAAUGAUGAUGUCCAAGAAGCCAAAAACAUGUCACAGUUAUUUAAUUGUUCGCGCCAAAAGUACACACUCGCCACCCGAGGAACCACUAACGGUUCAAUCGCCGCCGCCGGAGCCGAAGAAGAAGGGCCAGAAUAUCAAUACAUUACAACCAUUCUAAGCCGUACCGGAAUACACAGAGCAACAAUAACCAGCCUUCAACAUUUUCAAUGGUUCUCUUCAACACAUCCAUUAGACCCAUCAAUUUUCCACCGUCUUGAACUCUACCCAACAACUAAUUCCUUAGUUUCAAUUCCCAACAACCAUAAAGAUAUAAACUUUACGCAGAAAAAUCAAGUGGGUCCACGUUGUAACCGUAGAUUACUGUUUGAUUUAGUCGAUGAAGUAUUGUCGGAAAUCCUCACUAAACCAAAAUGUUACCGUGGGUUAUUGUUGGAAACAGUUUGGAAAAAAGUUGGGAGCUUCCCACGUGCGAAAUGUGAGGUUUUAGAAGACAUUGAUGGGUUGAUAGAGAUGAAGAUGGUGAUGGAUGAAGUUAAGGAAGAAGAAGAAGAAGAGGAAAAGUUGGUAGCGGAAAUUGAAGGGAAAGUAUUGGAGAUGUUGGUGAAUGAAACGUUAACCGUUAUGGUGGGUCCGUACAAAAAGAACGGCGUCGUUUUGUGAUGGUGAUAGUGGGAAAUUAACAGGGGAGACAUGAAACAGAGGGUGUCACAUGGGAUUAGAGUUCACGUGAUGAGAUUCUUCAUGGAAUCAUCAUCAUGUCAUGGACAUGGACAUGGUAUGGAGUACUAUGGAUUCAUCUUCCAUGGAGGUUGAAGGUGUGUUGAUGGUGGCCCCCUUAUCAUGAAAGCUUUUUUUGGUACUCAAGAUUUUGCAGCGGAAUCCAUGGCCAUUAUUAAUUUACCUCUGUCUUCUCAAGUUUUAUAAAUUUUUCUUGUGUAUAUUUUAUUUGAUUUAUAAUUUGAAGAAAUUUAUCAAACUUGAUGAAUGAAUUCACUUUCUAUUUUAUCUUCAGUGUUAGUGCUAUA